AUGGUGGCAGAGCAGUCCCGGGUCCUCAGCCCCAGCUGGUGCUUGUUUCUCGGGUUGUGGCUGCUGGCACUCAGCGGUUCCCCGGGUUUACAGCAAUCCCUGCAGCAGCCAUCCUGCAAAGGAGCCUUUGAUCUCUACUUCGUGCUAGACAAGUCGGGGAGUGUGGCAAAUAACUGGAUUGAGAUUUACAACUUUGUCAAGCAACUUACUGAGAGAUUUGUAAGCCCUCAAAUGAGAUUAUCUUUCAUUGUGUUUUCUUCACAAGCAACUGUUAUUUUGCCAUUAACUGGAGACAGAGACCAAAUUGUACGAGGCUUGGAGGAUUUAAGACAAGUUAGUCCAGUAGGAGAGACGUAUAUACAUGAAGGACUAAAGCUAGCGAAUGAACAAAUUCAGAAAGCAGGAGGUUUAAAAACCUCCAGUAUCAUAAUUGCUCUGACAGAUGGUAAGUUGGACGGUCUGGUGCCAUCAUAUGCAGAGAAAGAGGCCAAGGCGUCCAGGUCACUUGGGGCUAGAGUUUAUUGCGUUGGAGUCCUUGAUUUUGAACAAGCGCAGCUUGAAAGAAUUGCUGAUUCCAAGGAACAAGUUUUCCCUGUCAAAGGUGGUUUUCAAGCUCUCAAAGGAAUUAUUAAUUCUAUAUUAGACCAGUCAUGUACUGAAAUCCUGGAAUUGCAGCCAUCAAGUGUCUGUGUAGGGGAGGAAUUUCAAAUUGUUUUGAAUGGAAGAGGAUUCGUGCUGGGGCGUGAAAAUGGCAGUGUGCUCUGCACAUAUACGGUCAAUGAAACAUACACAAGGAGUGUAACACCAGUAAGAGUACAACUUAAUUCUAUGCUUUGUCCUGCACCUACUUUGCAUAAAGUUGGAGAAACUCUUGAUGUUUCAGUGAGCUUUAACGGAGGGAAAUCUCUCAUCUCGGGCUCAUUAAUAGUCACGGCCACAGAAUGUUCAAGUGGGACAGCGGCCCUAAUUGCUAUUUUAGUGUUACUGCUACUCCUCGGUAUUGGUUUGAUGUGGUGGUUUUGGCCACUUUGCUGCAAAGUGGUUAUCAAAGAUCCACCUCCGCCACCACCCUCUGCGCCACCAGAGGAGGAAGAAGAAUUUCUGCCUAACAAGAAAUGGCCAACUGUUGAUGCAUCCUAUUACGGUGGUCGAGGAGUUGGGGGAAUUAAAAGAAUGGAGGUUCGGUGGGGUGAUAAAGGAUCAACGGAGGAAGGUGCAAGACUAGAAAAAGCCAAAAAUGCUGUGGUAACAAUUCCUGAAGAAGCUGAAAUACCUGUCAGGCCUAAACCUCCAAGGCCCAAAGACACACACCAGACUCCUCAGACAAAGUGGUACACUCCGAUUAAGGGACGUCUUGAUGCACUCUGGGCUUUGUUGCGGCGGCAGUACGACCGUGUCUCCUUGAUGCGACCUCAGGAAGGAGAUGAGGUUUGUAGAAUGAAGAAGUGA